GUUCAGUCUCCUCCGGGAUUCCGUGUCACCCGGUUCUCGUGGAUAAGUCAUACAAUCGUAACCCAAAAUCAGCGCAAUGUUUCUUCGAUAUCUGCGGGCAAUGAUUACGUGAUGGUGGAGGAUUAAUUAAUAAAUCAUCGUCGAAGCCACAGUGAUUCCAUUUCCGUGUAAGAGAGACUACAGUCGUAAACUAGGAGCAUCACUUGCUGAUAACUUUGAUCGAACUCAUGUUCACUUUGCACUGAUAGAGUGACAAGUAAUUGAUGGGAAUGUCUGUGCUAAAAAAUUCUAGUUAUGCGAAUCCUCGGGAAACUGCAAAUUUAUUUGGAGUUAUAUUCUGGACGUGGACUAUCAAGUUCUUCAAAUUGGGAUACAGCAAAAUUUUAACGAGGGAGGACCUCUAUAACGCACCGAAGGAUGACAAAUCAAAUUCAUUGGGAGACAGGAUAGACAAGUAUUGGGAAGGAGAAUGUGAGAAAGCAGCGAAGCAUCGUCGAUCACCGAGUCUCACAAAAGUAUUAUUCAAAUGUUUCUGGUGGGAGUUGGUUUUUCUCGGAAUACUGCAAACAAUAAACGAAUUCCUUCUACGAUUAGGAACACCAAUGUUGAUUGGCCAACUACUGCGCUAUUUCCGGGAAGAUAAAGGCAUCAGUUACGAUGAAACGUUGAUGUAUGCAGCUGGUGUCUGCUUAGCCACAGCAUUAUAUGCAAUAGCCGCGAAUCACUGGUUGUAUCAAGUUUAUCACAUUGGUGGAAGAAUUCGCAUUGCUGUUUGCUCACUGGUUUACCGGAAGGCACUGCGGCUGAAUGUCACGAGCUUGAGUGAGACAACACCAGGAAAGAUAGUUAAUCUUCUCGCUAACGAUGUCAAUAGAUUUGAUCUCAUACUUGUGUUCAUUCACUAUUUAUGGUCAGCUCCAUUGGCGUCUAUUAUUGUUGGAUAUUUCUUGUGGACUGAAGCUGGUUACAGCGGAUUGAUCGGCAUCGCGGUGAUAUCCAUCAUCGUACCAAUUCAAUCAUACACAGGCAGACUAUCAGCGAAAUACCGUCUCCAAACAACGGUGAAGACAGACGAACGUGUUCGUGUAAUGAAUGAAAUAAUCUCGGGUGUUCAAGUGAUUAAAAUGUACGCCUGGGAAAAGCCCUUCUGCGAAAAAAUAGCAUUCAUUCGAAAGCUCGAGCUCAAUAUAAUUCGCAAUAACGCUUGGAUCCACGGAGCUUUUAUGACCCUCUAUCUCUUCGUACCUCGCACAGCACUCUAUUGUACCCUAGUUGGAAUGAUUUUAUUUGGCCAACAACUGUCCACCGAAAAGGUAUUUGUCUUCUUCGCGUACUACUCGGUUCUUGCUGAAGUCAUGGGUUUCAUGUUUUCACGAGGUAUAUCCGAGAUUGCUCAGUGCAUCGUAACAGUGAAGAGACUUGAAAGUUUAUUGAUGACAAAGGAAUUUCGGACUCAUGUGCAGUGGUCAGCCAUGAAGAUGCUGACAUCGAAACGCAUUUCGAAGUUGGGUGUUGGGAAGGCGGAUGAGGACAUGUCUGUAGAGAGAUUUAUCCGCAAUGAUGGAGAAGCAGGAAACGCGAAGUAUGUACCUGAUACAAGAAAAAAUGUCUCUAUAAAACUAGUCAAUUUGACAGCCAAAUGGGAUGAUAAGGCAAUCGGUAAUUCAUUACAAGAUGUUGAUGCUACAAUCGAACGAGGAAAAGUUUACGUGGUGAUUGGUGCUGUUGGCGCUGGGAAAAGCUCCUUGAUAUCAGCGAUCCUCGGAGAAAUUUCAAUCAUUGAGGGUCAUGUAGAUGUCAAUGGAAGUAUCAGUUACGCAAGUCAAGAAGCUUGGAUAUUCGGAUCAACUGUACGCCAGAAUAUUCUGUUUGGGCAGUCAUAUGACCCUGAGAAAUAUCAGCAAGUCGUCAAAGUCUGUGCCUUGUUGAAUGACUUCAAACAAUUUCCCUUGGGAGAUGAAACAAUCCUAGGAGAGCGAGGUAGUUCACUGUCGGGAGGACAAAAAGCCAGAAUCAACCUGGCGAGAUCGGUUUAUCGAAAGUCAGAUAUCUAUAUUUUCGAUGAUCCCUUGAGCGCCGUCGACACCCAGGUUGGCAAAUAUCUCUUCGAAGAGUGUAUCGAGAAGUACUUACAAGGUACAACGCGAAUUCUGGUCACCCAUCAGCUGCAAUAUAUUAGUGGAUCCAAUGAGAUUUUAUUGGUGGAAAAUGGAAAGCUCGAGAAGUUUAAAAAUUACGAUGAAUUAUUGUCAGCGCGAUCGGAGUAUUCCACGCUCCUGGCAUGCAACUCCACCGCUGUACCUGACACUGACAGUCCGGAAAUUGCAGAAAGAAAAGCAUCGGUGCAUGUAGAAACUGCAGCUAGUCAGAUUCCAAAGAUACCUGCUGAUGAUUCCGCAGCGGAGGACGAUGAAAAUGGUAUGGAGAUCGCUAAUUCCCUGGAGAAGACAUCACGAGGCACCGUAGCAGGCUCGAUCUUCAUUAAUUACCUAAAAAGUGGCAACAGUUGGUUCCUAAUUAUGGCGGUUGCAUUUUGUCUCAUUGUAACCCAAGUCGCCGUUACUUCCUACGAUAUGUUCUUCCCAAAACUGGUGAGCGUUGAGGAAAAACGUUUCAACGACUACUUGAAAAUGAUAGACAGCAACACUUCAUUGACAGCAAAAGCAGAUGAAUAUGAUAUCGAACCUGCCUACACAGGAAUUUUCACGUACACCGGAAUCACCUUAUCAAUUUUUGUCUUCGGUAUGACACAAUCGAUACUCUUUUACGUGGUGUGUAUAAAAUCAAGUCAACGCUUGCAUGACAACGCUUUCAGCGCUCUGAUAAGAACUGGCAUGCAGUUCUUCAGUAUGAACCCAAGUGGGAGAAUUCUCAACAGAUUUUCAAAAGACAUCGAUGCCAUUGACGACCUCCUACCGAAGACCCUGCAGGAUGCUGCUAUUGCUAUGACUAUAACCUGCGGUGUUAUUGUCAUCACCUGCACCAUCAAUCCAAUCUUUCUCGCUCCAUUCGCUGUUAUCACGUACGCCCUUUAUUGGAUGGCCAAAAUUUACGUGAAGACUAGCAAAAAUCUCAAGAGACUCGAAGCUGUGAUGAAAGCCCCUGUUUUCACUCACCUAAACUUGACCAUGAAUGGUUUGAUGACAAUCAGAGCUUUUAGUGGUCAGGAACUGUUGUUGGGUGAAUUUGAUCGAUUCCAGGACGGCCAUACUUCUGCCUGGUUCAUGUUCAUGGCGACUAGUUCUGCUUUUGGUUUUUCACUCGAUGUAUUUUGCUUGAUCCUGACGAUCAUUGUGACGUUUGGUCUUUUGCUGGCCAGUGGAUACAGUGGGCCAGAGGUUGGCUUGGCAAUCACCUCGAUCACUUCGAUAACGAGUCUCUUGCAAUGGGGGGUUCGUCAGUAUGCAGAAGUACUCAAUCAGAUGAUGUCCGUUGAAAGAGUUCUCGAGUAUUCUUUACUGGUACCAGAAGACACUGCUGAUCAUGUUGAUUCUGCGAAGGGAGGAAAGAUACGAAAAGAGGCGAAACAAAAUGAGAAAUCAACAGUGUCGAAGCCGGUCAAUUGGCCGACGGAAGGAUCCAUUGUGUUCAAACAUGUCUUCAUGAGGUACAGCGAUGAUACGCCUGCUGUAUUAAAUGAUGUGGAUUUUGUAAUAGCACCACGUGAAAAGAUAGGAAUCGUUGGACGAACUGGAGCGGGAAAGUCAUCUAUGAUAUCAGCUCUUUUUCGAUUGACGAAGGUUGAAGGAGUCAUUGAGAUUGAUGGAAUUGAUACAGCGACUGUCACCUUGGAGGACUUGCGACGUCAUAUUGCUAUUAUUCCUCAAGAGCCUGUGCUAUUCUCGGGCACUCUGAGGAAGAAUCUUGAUCCUUUCAACGAGUUUAGCGAUCAUGCACUUUGGACUGCCCUGGAACAAGUCGAAUUGAAGGAGACAGUGGUGAAAGAAGCAAAUGGACUUGACAGCAAAGUGGUGGAUAAGGGCGGCAAUUUUAGUGUUGGGCAGAGGCAACUGGUUUGUCUUGCGAGGGCUAUUCUGAGAAAUAAUAAAAUCCUAGUGCUUGAUGAAGCUACUGCCAAUGUCGAUCCUCAUACAGACAUGUUGAUACAAAAAACUAUUAGAUCGAAAUUCAUGGCGUGUACAGUACUAACUAUUGCACAUAGGUUAAAUACAAUUAUGGAUAGUGAUAAAAUUAUUGUUAUGGAUAAUGGUCGUAUUGUGGAAUUUGAUCAUCCUUACGUGUUACUUAAAAAUCGACAUGGAAAGUUUUAUUCUUUUGUACAGAAAACUGGACAUGCGAUGAGCGAUAACUUAGCACAAAUAGCGAAACAAUCAUUUGAAGGAAUGGAUGUAAGAUAUGCAUAAAUGUCAUUAGAUUUACUGAUAAUAGGGUAGGACUUAAAUUGUAAAUUAUUUGAUGGAACCAUUGCAUGGCGAUUCUGACGCCACAUUAUGAAGGUUGCUAUGAAUAGGAUAAUAGGAUAAUUUUUCCAAUAUCAAUUUUUAAACCAAUGUUUCAUCGUUGUCGAUUGUACUGUUGUCAUUGUCUCAGAGUAAAAAGAUGAGAAAAUUUUAAAAAAUUUAAAGAA